AUGCCCCCUAAACGAGCUUGUGAUAUCUGUAUAUCCCGCAAGGUCAAAUGCAACGGCUCUUGGCCGUGCGAUACUUGCCACGGGGCAGUGAAAAAGGUGCAAUGUACGUACUUGAGACCCGCGCGCAGGCGGGGCCCGAAGUCUCGGCGAACAUGCCGAGAAGACGCCGACCAACCAACACUGCGAGUGAGUGAUGAACAUCGUGACCAGGCAUCUGAGUCGAUCGCAAAGGCCGAGAGGACUAUCUCACUCUCUCAGCCCACAGAAGCUUCCAGCACUCAGCGCAUUCCGACCGCCGUUCUUGAAUCGAUCGUUCGGCUGUAUCAGAGGUACUCAUACAGUAUCUGGCCUGUCAUUAACGCAGAAGUACUUCUAUCCAAAAUCAAAGACAUAGAAGCGGACCAAGAUGAUCACCAUGCCCAGAACAUUGUUUGUCUAGCCACUGCCCUCUGCGCGGCAACAAUGGCCCAGUUGCAUGUCGAACCCCAGGUUACCGAAUUCGGUACCGUGGACAGUACAGCAUUGGUGCAGGCAUGUCUGCGAAGGCGCAAUAAAUUCCACGACCAUGGAGAACACAUUGAUCUUCGGAGCAUCAUGGUUUCGUUCUUUUUACAUGUUCAUCAUGCAAAGGCCAACCAACGGAACUCGGCAAUGAUGUAUAUUCAAGAAGCUAUUGCUGGAGCCCGGGUCUUGCGACUAGACGAAGUGGGUUCUCAGAAGCAGGAUGAGGUAUUCUCAAACACGGCCUUGGUCUUCCCAUUACUUUGGGUAUCGGAGAGAGGGUAUGCCUUACACUUGGGCCUCUCGCCUUCAUAUAACGAGCCGCUCUCGAUCACGGACCCAGAGAUGGACAAUGAUGCCGACGUUGAAGCUCAAGGGCUGCUGGAGCUAGCCAAGCUUUUUGUCGCAUUUGACCGCAUCGCAGUGCGUCGCAAAUCACCCACAGGAGCCACUACGGUCGAUUUGACUGAUACAGAAAAUAAAUUGUCUUCUUUGUCUUUCUGCAUGGCGGAUCUCGUCUCUGCCAGAACCGCCGAUUACCAUAUCACGCGGCAGUGGAUGAGAACAAUCCUAUGGCAGCAUGCGCUCUCAAUGGGCUUAUUGUCUUCUGCCGCAUAUGAAACAGUUUUGACAUUUGGCUUUCCUGUGCAGGUUGGUCGUGACUUACUGCAGGCUUUAAGAUGGUUUUGUGAGACGGACUUGCUUCCACUGGGACGAGAUCAGGUUAGUGAGACCACGUUUGGAGAAUACUAG